AUAAUUCUUUCCUCUUUCGCUACCUCAAACACGCAGCAAUUCACGGUCGUCGAAGAAGCACCAUGGUCAAUGUCAUAGUUCUUCGGUUACUGUUAGACACACAUCAUCAGGCCUUGUUCAAUUGACACCAAACCUAAUUUCGCAUAAAUGAGGAUACCCUUCGUUGAGACAUCACACUGAGAAGUUUCUCUUUGUUAAAGACGAUUCAUUGUUGAUGAUUGGCGUCGAUGAUGACCGAAUAUUUGCGGCUUGCUAUUCUACGGCUGAAAUUUGCAUAGGCAAACGAUAAAUCAGUUCAGUGUUUUGAUCUCCGGUGUAACUAUGUGUUGUUGCUCUUCUUAGACGACAAGUUUGGAUUUGGAAAAUUUAUUUUGUUUCGAUUAUCAAUGGAUCGAAUAGACAUCUUAGGAAAAAUAUGAAGAUAAUCCUUCAUCUCACCACAUUAAUCUACCUCUCAACAAUGACAGCCAGUAGAUCAACUGUAUCCAAAGAAAGUUCCUAUGAGUUAACGAAGGUAUACCCAAGAAAUAGAACAGAAGAUAAAAUAUUUUACGAUGCAGCGUACAAGGCCAUCUCAUCAACUGAUCCACAACUCAUCAGGGCCCUCAGGUAUAAAAUAAGAGAGAUUGGCUCAUGGAUGAUCAGAAAAGAAAAUGAUGGUACAUUUUUAGGUCGAUGUUUUGGUGUUGCCAGACAAAUCAAAAUCGCAAUGCCCAUAAUAAUGGUUAAGCUCGGUGUGAUAGUUACCAUACUAGUUUUCCUCACUAUAUUUUCCAUUAAAACAAUUGGACUUCUUCUUUUAAUGUUUAUGUUCGGAGCGAGCAGUGCGUUUACGAAACUCGCCCUUUGGAAAUCAGAGGCAUCAUAUCAACACCAAAAACCACAAAACGUCCAUUUUCACAUUCAUCAGGGAAAACACGGAGAAUAUAAUUUUGCUCCAGCUGCAAGUCCAUGGGAUCGAACAUCUUCUGAGAACACAAACUUUGCAGAGAGUGAUGCAGAAUUUCAAGAAAAGAUUAACUACUUGGCGAAAUACCAAAAGGGUUUAUUCGAUAACUACAUUUCGAAUUAAGGCAUUUUGUGAUUUAUAAUUAUGUAAAAAGAUUAUUAUUUAUUAAUUGCAUAGUUAUGGAAAAACAA